GGGCCAGUGUUGCACCAGUCCCGGUGCCCUAGCGAUUCGCAACAAAAGAGAUGAAAAGACAACCUGCAGUACCGAAGAAGAAAAGAGGUCCUGUGAAGCGACAUGGGCGUAGGUGUACAAACAAGGACCAAACAGACAAGUCAAACAUGCGGUUCUGGCGAGGCAAGUUCAUCUUGCCUCGUUCCGGAUCUGCUCCUCUCUCUGCCUUCGUUGCUUCACUUAUACUAUUCAUAUAAACUGACGUCUGGAUUCCCUUUUCUCUGUAUCAUAUUACCCUGCUUUUUCUCGACAAGGCGCUACCCUAUACACCCAAACCUAACACGCUCAAAUAUACUCUACCCACCAUGUCUGCAGUAGGAUCCCCACCUCCGGAUGUAAUGAGAACAUUCAUGUUGAGGUCGAGCACUCCUGCUUCAAAUGAGAAAGCCCUUGACAACCAGUACUACUCUACCUUGAGGGGAUGCAGAAGGCUCCUCCCGCUGAUGACGAGAACGCCAGUACGGUAGGUUCAAAGGUGCACUCCCCGGUACCGCGAACUCGAAGCAUCGCAAGUACACGAAGACUCGAAGAGAUGACUGGCGACAAUGCUGAUUACAACGGUGGCGAAGACAUCAGAUCCGACAUACAAGAGGGGAACGGGUCUGAUAUUGCCCGAACCAUACAAAUUCAGACCACAGGCUUCCAGGAGCCUGAACAUGAGCCUGGACCUAAUGACCCACCUGGACCUCAUUUUGAGUCUUUCGGAUCGUCUUUCGGGAACUUUGGUCCUCUGCGGGACAGCUUACCCAACGGCAAUGGCAACGACUGGAAUGGGCAGCCUUGGCCGACCAGCCCCUCUAAAGCAGCAGGCGUUCCCUUGCCUGAGACGCAAAUUGGUUCAGCGACCGAAGGUCACGCGAAUCCGUUCCAGCAAUUUGGAAUGACUCCGGCUGGUGCAGCGGGUAUUCCGCUUCCCGCUUCCGUCAUGAGCGGUGGAAAUGACCCACCUCUCAGUCCAGGAGGCUCCAAAAGCCGCCGUACUGGAGCACCAUCUCAAGCAUCACGCCGGGCUCCUUCGGCUGCUGACGCACUUUCAAAUGACGCAUUUUCCCCCAAAGCAGCAUCGCGUGCACUGUCUCCUACACGGACAUUGAAUGGCGGUAGCCCACCCUCAGGGAGACCGUUGUCACCUCGAUCCGCUACUUCUCAGGGUCAGAAAUCGCGUAUUACCUUGAAGUCCAGCCGAACGGUCUAUCCUCCUCUCCCAGAUACCGUGCUAGAGGACGGCCUGAGAUCUCCAACCCAGCCAGGAGAGUCUCCUCCCCCACGAGCCAACACCAAGACACCCUCCAUUGCGCCUUCUGAAUCUGCCUCCAAUUAUCAUGUUAAGCGUUCAGCCGGAAAUUCCAAAGGCACCUCACACAAACCAUCCAAAUCCUUGAAGAGUAUUGCGGAAGUACGAGGUGAAUCUAUUGCGAGUGACCGCGGUGGGGGUUCUCGGGCUGCAGCUUCCCAGCGAGAUGCAGGUCGCUCACAAGCACCGAUGUCACCUCGCAGUAAUGCCACGCAAACCGUUCUUCCCACUCACAGAACCGGGAACACCAAUGACGAUUUGCAUCGUGUUGCUGCGGCGCUAUCUACCAUGAGGUCGAAACGUUCCAACGUUGAUCCUGAGGCUACUCCUACACCUUCACGACCAGCAUCUCCUAUUGUUGACUUGAACGCAGAAGAAGAAAAGAUGGUUAACGACGUCUUGAGACGGCCGGCUCGUACAAGAACGUCACUUGCUUUAUCGACUGCAGCGCCUUCCAUGCUGGAACCUGAGAUUCAGCAUUCCCAUUUCCACGAUAUGGAACUAUGUCAGUUGUUGCAUUCCUUAGAUCAACCCACUGGGAUGCCUGAGCCUGUCAAGAGGGCAGUUCGUAAGGCCGUUCGGGCGAGAGUGAAGAAACUCGGAAUGAAAUACGACAAUGAGUCUAUCAAACAGUACAGGAAGUCGUUCCACGAUCAUGACCCAUCAGUACAUAUGAUGCAAUCCACUAUGUUACCUACGUCAAAGCGAUCGACCCAAAUCGGUUCCACCGCUGAAGCACCCGAGUGGGCGAAGGAGCUCAUGGACGGCAUGAUGAACAUGCGGGAGCGCCUCGACAGCCUUGCGCCAAAGAUUGAACGCAGUCUUCGAUCGUCUAGAGGAGGGUCCUAUUUGACGGAGGGUCGGAGCUAUCAUGAUGGACAACAGUAUGGAGACUCUGAGAUGCAAGGCGACUACACCCGAAGUCCUCUUACACAAACGACUCACAUCCUCGCUCAACAAACCGGAACCAUGGCAGAUGAAUCGAUGUAUCAUACUGGUGACACCGAGGCCAUACGUGAUUCCACGCACCUUCAUACCUUGCCUGGGUCCAUGCAUCACCAUGAUGGCUCCGCUAUUCCCGAAGAAGAUAUGUAUGAGGAAGACGAGCACAUGCACCAUCCUCCAACUACCCAUGAUGGAGACACGAGAGGUUUGCCUAGUGAAUACAACGAUCGGGAAGACUCGCCCGGUCAGCAAUACCUUGAGGAGGAGCUAUACAAGCUUAGAGUUAAGCCGAAUCAAUCCGUGGCUACGCACAAGACAUGGGAGCUCGCUCGUGACAAUGGCGACGAGUACGAUGACGAUGAGGGCGAUGCACAGGCUGCAGUGACCGAGUCCGGCCUUCCAGAGAUACCCGAUGCGCAUACAGGAUACACCGAACCGCCGCUUCCACCGGUUCCUCAAAUGCCUCAACCUCAUCACUGGUCUCAAGGAGGAUUCGAAGAACCCCAAAUUUCACCUUGGCAGCGAGUUCAUCAACGUCUCUUGAGCUGGGCCAUAGUCUGGCCGAUGGCUGAACUCGAUAAUGCUCUCAAUAGCACGACUCGUGGAAUGCAGGUGGAUGAGAUUGCAUUGAGUAUCUGGUCCACCCAGACAUACAAACGUUACGUCAGGGCAAAGAUGACAGAUACACCCUCGGGACAUGUCGAUCGACUCUUUGUGCCACCGAAUAUGGCGGAUGCAAUUAGUACUGCUGUAUAUAACGGACGCCACGGGGAUGCAUGUGGGAUGCUGAGAGAUCUGUGGGCUCCUUUCGGCUUGGAGGGAAUCCCAAGGUUGUUGAUUGUAUUGGCGAAACAUCGCUCUGAUGAGAACCACUGGGUUGUCCAUCGAUUCUCAUUGCCAGAUGGAUCACUCACCACUUAUGACACCUAUCCAGAGCGCUGCUUGCCCGAUGGUCGCCCCCUUGGAUGGUGGUUUGCCAUUCGUAUCGCCUGGCCUGAUGCCAUAUAUCCUAGCCCAGAUCACCUCAUGCAGAAGAUGGUCAGGCUUCACCGUCCGAUGCAACUUAGCAUCGACAACUCAGUCGCCGCAGCUGGUAUCUGGCGAAACCUUCUGAUGGGUUCUCGUGCUGAACGAAGUCUGGACCUCGAGCGUUUGCGAGACCUCAUCAACACGGAGGUGAAGAACCUUCGUCAACGUAAGCAGAUGGGGAAGCUUUCUAUCGGGUCUCCCCGACCAAACUGGGAGGAUAUGCAUUGAUGACGACACUUACGACUGGCGAAUGUCUGCAAUUUGUGGAUCUAAAGCAUUGUACAUGCUGCUGCAGGUGUAUGCUUGGCGACAUGGACUUGAGACAUUUUCGUAUUUUGCUUUGCUUUCUCACCUAUUUACUCCUCCGAUACCAACGGUGCGAUGCGCUACUUUCGCGAUGUGUUUCGUAGUGCUAUAGAUUGUUGUAUAGUGGCGAUUAGUGUAGUACAAUGAAUGUUUUUCUUUCAGAGCUGUAUCGAUAGACGUGUGAUACUGAAUACGGAACU